AUGAGGUACGACGGAACCCAAGACCCACAGGAACACCUUACGGCUUUCGAAGCCAGAAUGAACCUGGAAGGAGUGGGAGACGAGGUAAGGUGUCGUGCUUUCCCGGUCACCUUAGCGGGACCUGUAAUACGGUGGUUCAAUAACCUCCCGCAGGGCUCGGUGACCAGGUUCUCAGAAAUCAACCGCGCCUUCCUAGCCCAAUUCACAACCAGAAUCGCGAAGAUUGAUGGGCUGACUGACUCGGUUGCAAGCUUGUGCCUGACGAACGGACUCCUAAACGAGGACUUCAAAAAGCACCUCACCACGAAGCCGGUAUGGACAAUGCAGGAGAUCCAGUGUGUAGCGAGGGAGUACAUUAACGAUGAAGAAGUCAGCCAGGUCGUGGCUGCCAACAAACGGCAGCCCUCUUACAAUCAAACCCGGCAUCACGGGAGUGAAGAAAGACAAAAGGAACACGCCAGGGACGGCGGUUCAAAUAAGAUUCCCAGACCGUUUCCUCGUGUCGGGAAGUUCACUAAUUACACUCCCCUCACCGCGCCGAUUAUGAAAGUUUACCAACAAAUAGCCGAGAAGGGGAUCUUAUCAAAGCCUCGACCUCUGAAGGAACAAACAGGGAGGAACCGGAGCCUCUACUGCGAUUACGACAAGGGCUACAGACACAAGACGCAGGAUUGCUUUGAUCUGAAGGACGCGCUGGAACAAGCGAUCAGGGAUGGAAAGUUAGCCGAGUUCUCCCACCUCAUUAGGGAGCCGAGGAGACGAAACCGCGACCACGAAGGCGAAGACAAGACCCGGGCAGCAAAGCGACGCCAAGAGCCGGAGGACAACGACCAUGGCCUGACCAUAGUGAACGUGGUAACGGCGAGAAACGUGGCGCUCAAGUCCAAGUCGGCACAUAAAAAAGACGGCAAAAUCCUGGCGGUUUCCACACCCUCUGCGCGAAGCCCCAAGAAACUUCCAUCCAUCUCAUUCGGCCCGGAGGACCAAUGGUUUGACGAGGUCGCGGAAAGCCCUUCCAUGGUCAUUACGGCCAGAGUGGGAACCGGCCUCAUCAAGCGGAUCCUUGUCGAUAGGGGGCAGAUUUGA